AUGUCAUCUCCUACAAAUCCCCCGAGAUUUGACGACAUCGAACUCGAAGAUGGUUCCAAAUCGACAGAGUCGGCGGCACUCCCGUCGUCACAAGAGCAACAACCGAAGCCAUCAGGAGGACCACCUGGAGGACCACCACAAAACCAUGAGUGGGUUGAAGGACCGAAAUUGAUAUUUAUGAUGACUGGUAUCACGUUGGUUGCGUUUUUGAUGCUUCUCGAUACAUCUAUUAUUUCAACGGCUACGCCUCGGAUUACCAGUGAGUUCCACUCGCUGAAUGACGUGGGUUGGUAUGGUAGCGCAUAUCAGUUAGCAAGCGCCUCCCUGCAACCUCUAACAGGUCGAUUCUACUCAACAUUCAACACAAAGUGGACAUUCCUAGCGUUCUUCUUCGUUUUCGAAAUUGGCUCGCUUAUCUGUGCCGUUGCAACUUCAUCCACAAUGUUGAUUGUUGGUCGUGCAGUUGCUGGUAUGGGAGGAUCUGGUAUACAGAAUGGAGCUUUCACGAUUGUUGCAGGAUCUGUGCCGAUGCCUAGAAGACCGGCACUUAUGGGGUUCUUAAUGGGAAUUUCGCAGUUAGGUAUGGUUGCUGGUCCCCUGGUUGGAGGUGCCUUGACUUCAUACGUCUCGUGGCGAUGGUGCUUCUAUAUCAAUCUUCCUGUAGGAGGAUUGGUCGCUGUCCUUCUCGUCUUUCUCAAAAUUCCCGAACAAAUUCCUAAGCCGAAAGGACUGAAAAGUGUUAGCACCGUUCUAGGUAAUCUCGACUUGAUCGGUUUCACACUUUUUGCACCCGCCGCCAUCAUGUUUCUAUUGGCUUUACAGUACGGUGGUAGUACCUACCCAUGGAAUUCAGCUACAAUAAUCGGUCUUUUCGUCGGUGCCGGUGUAACCUUUAUUAUCUUCAUGCUCUGGGAAUACCGCGUGGGUGACAAGGCCAUGCUUCCUUACUCCAUUUUUACGAUUCGCACAGUAUGGGCUGGUUGUGUGACUUACGGCUUUCUGGCAUCUCUAUUGCUCUGCGGCUCUUACUAUCUACCGAUCUAUUUCCAAGCUAUCAAGGAUGCUAGUCCGAUGAUUAGUGGUGUUGACAUUCUCCCGAGUAUCAUCAGUCAGAUGCUCAGUGCUAUCUUAUCUGGACAAUUGUUGGGAAGGAUCGGCUAUUAUCUGCCAUUGAGCGUCCUCGGUACUUCUCUCGCCGCCAUAGGCAAUGGACUGGUUUCGACCUUUUCAACUACAACCAGCACCGGAAUGUGGAUUGGAUAUCAGAUUAUUCUGGGUGUAGGUCGCGGUAUUGGCCUACAGAUGCCUAUUAUCGCUGUACAAAAUACGCUGAAGCUGCAACAAGUGCCGACCGCCAUGGCAAUGCUUAUGUUCUGCCAGUCCUUCUUUUCGGCAACAUUCCUCAGUUUCGCAGACGUCAUCUUCAACAAUAGCCUGCGAACCCUCAUUCCACAAGAAGCCCCGGAUGUCAAUCUUGAAGCAGUAAUCCAAGCCGGUGCAACUGCAUUUCGAUCUGUCGUUCCAGCGGCAGACUUGCAAGCAGUUUUGAAGGCUUACGCAACGAGCAUCGAUCAUGUCUUUUAUCUGGCCGUGGGUGCUUCGUGUGCUGCUUUUCUGAGUUCCUGGGCCAUGGGUUGGAUAGAUAUUCGGAAGAAACAAGGGCCUCCUGGUGCACCUGGAGGACCCGCUGCCCAAAAACCACCCAGCGCUUCGGAUAGGCCCAAGACUGACGUUUAA